AGACGUAAGCACAAUCCUGAUGGAUUGCUCUACAUUAUUUUUCAACUUCAAAAAUGUGAUAAAGCUCGAUGAUGCAGUGAAAACUACUGUUGUCUGGCUCCACGAUUUCUUUGUAUAAUAAUACUUGCAAGCAUGUGGAUGCUAUCAUAUACUUGAUCAAUAAGGAGAGGAGAUGGCUGAAAACUACAUUAAUGGAGCCUUAUUUUAUGGUAUACAUACGAGUGACCUUUUAUGCAUUUGUUCUUAAUUCAUAAUUUUUUAUUAUCCCUUGCCAUUGUUUGUAACAACUCUUGAACAAAAAAUUUGACAACAUCACGCAGUGGGAGGGAGAUCGCCAUCUCGUGAAAAUGAAUUGGUCUGCAUAGAAACAUUAAUAAACAUUGUGUUUAAUGCCUUAGGUUUUGACACCCCUAAAUGUGGGGAAUUCGCAUUGGGUGUUGGUUCAAAUAGACCUUCGUGCAAAAAUGUUAAGAGUAUAUGACUCCAUGAGAAGUGGAUGGACCGUGGCAUCCAUAAAGGACUUGUGGGAUCGCCUCCCCCACCUCCUACGUAUUAUUACGUGGAGAACGGAAGAUUACGUCACAGACGACCUUUGUUAGUAAUAUACGGACCUGCUCAUUUAGCAGAACCACACCAAUUCAUUCCCAGUAUAUACAGUAUCUGUUUGAAAGAUCCAAGGUCGAAACAUGUAGUCUAUCUUAUGUCAUUUUCCCCGUUUAUGCAGAUAGGGUAUGUUAUUUGAAUUAUUAUUUUUUAUUUGGAACUAGUUAGUUCAAUUUAAAUUAUUAAAACUAUUAAAUUAGUGAGGUUGUUAAUUAAUUAACAGGAUAUUUAACUAAAAACGUGGUGAUGUAAUUACAUUAGUAAAAUUUUUAGGUUUACAAAAUAAUUUAAUUAAAAUUAGUUAGCUAAACGUAGGUUUAAAUGUAGUGAUGUGUUAAUUAAGUAAAAUUAAUUAGUUAAACGUAGGUAUUAACUAAUUAAGUGAGAUUCGUUAAACUUUUGAUAAUAUUAGUUGAAUUUAAAUAUUAGUUAAUUGAAAUGUGUUUAAAAAAAGGUUGUUAAUUAAUUAACGAAAUGACUUAGUUAAAUUUAGUUAAACGUAGGUUUAAUUUAAAUGUAGUGUUAAAUUACUUAAUUUUUUUAUAAUAUUAGAUAAAUUUAAGUAUUAGGUAAUUACUUAUAUUUUGUGCAUUAUUAUUGUGAAUUGUGUGCAUUUCAUUUAAUUUAGUGAAAAUUAGUUAGUUCAUUAUUACGUGAAAUAAAUUACUUAAAAUUAGUUAACUCUUGGUAUUAUUGUUACAUUAAUUACCUUAGUUUUGAACCUGUAUAUUUUUUUAUUAUAAUAUUCAGGCAUAAUGUAUAAACAAAAUAGAAAUUGGAUGUAUGAUAAAGAUGCAGUAUUGUACGGAAUGCAAUCAAAUUUUCUCAAUGGAGUCGGGGAAUUUAUUGAAUUCGCACUUGAACAUCCGACUUAUAUGAGUGGUGAUAAAAUAAGAUGUCCAUGUUCAAAGUGUAAAAAUCUCAAAUUUAAAGACCCACACGAAGUUGGCUAUGAUUUGUACGCGGUCGGUUUUGUUCCCAAUUAUUAUAAUUGGACUUCUCACGGCGAACCUUUGGAUCCAUCUGUUAUACCACAAACGGUAGGUUCGUCUCGUUACGUCCCUCCAGAGAUGAGUGGGUGGGGAGACCGUGCUGAAAUGAGGUGGGAACCAGAAAUGGUAUAUGACGCAUACGGUGUAUCGAUGUCUCAGUUCAACCCCCCACAACCAUCUAACGACCCCCCUGAAGCCUCGACCUCGUAUCAACCAGAUGCGGAUGAAAAUCCGUCAUUUUAUCAAUCUUGUGUGGAUGAAGGUUUGGCUGAGAGAUUUCAGGAUGUUCUAAAAGCUGCCGACCAACCUCUGUAUGCUGAUUGUGAGGGAUACAAUCAGCUAUCCGCCGUUACAGAGUUUAUGAACAUAAAAGCCGAAUACAGUCUCCCUGAAACUUGAAUGAAUAGAGUCUUGCAGUCAGUAGGAGGGAUGCUACCGCGUGAUCAUACCCUUCCCGAUUCAUAUUACCACAUGAAGCAGUUAAUGUCUAAGUUGGGGCUACCUUGUGUCAAAAUUGAUGCAUGCCCGGAAGGAUAUAUGUUGUUCUGGAAGGAGGAUGGGACACUUGAGUUCUGCAAGUUCUGUGAUGGAGACAGAUACAAACAUGUUCCUCAAAGUAAAAAGAAACCACGACAUAGGUCGGCACUGUCUAAACUGUAUUACCUCCUAAUAGCUCCUCGACUGCAGAGGAUGUACGCUUCGACUGCUAGUGCGAAACACAUGACUAGGGGUGCAAAUGAGCCGAGCCGCUCGUGAGCCGCUCGCGAGCCGCUCGGUCAAAGCUCGAAUCGGGAUCGGUCAAAUUCGAGCUCGAGCCGAGCUCGAGCCGGCUCGUUAAGCAGUCGAGCCCGAGCUCGAGCCUUCUAAUUUCAGGCUCGCUAGCUCGCGAGCCUAAUUUUAUAUGUGAAUAUUUAUAAUAUAUAUAUAUAUAUAUAUAUAUAUAUAUUAUAUAAUCAUAUAUAAUAUAUUACUAUGCAAUAUAAAUUAAUAUAUAAUGUAUACUGUUAUAAUGUACGGAGUAAUAUAUAUGAUAUACUCCCUCCGUCCCCUUUUAAAUGUCUCGAAAGAGUAUGACACGAGUUUUAAGAAAAGUGGGUUUGUGUGAUUGAUAUUAAUUGAUAAAGUAAGAAUAAAGUAAAAAUAAUUUUGAACCACACAAACUUUACCAAAUAAGGUAUGAGACAAUUAAAUAGGGACAUCCCAAUAUGGUAAAACGGGACAUUUAAAAGGGGACGGAGGGAGUAUAUAAUAUAUACUGAUUAGUAAAAUUUUAUAAUAUUUUAGGCUUAGGUCGUUACUACUCAGUAGAAAAACUUAGAAUGGGCCGAUGACAGUGAAUUUUUACUACGGACUCAUUAUGGAGCAUCAUAAUGGUUAUCGAGCCUCGAGCUGAGCCGAGUCGAACCGAGCCUUCUGCGAGUCGAGUUCGAGCCGCGAUUUUUGAUAAGCGUUUUAUUAACGUAUUUUAUAUAUUCAUCUUAAAACGCUUUUAUGUUUAAAAAGAAUAAAAUCUUCACACAUAUGCCUCGUUUUGCUAGAAGUUCUUUAAAUCAACAAAUGGAUCAAAUGCAAGGAUGGUAGAAUACGCACGAAGAAACCGACGGAAAAAGGUCAACCAAACGCAUCCCGAGGAACAAAUAAAGACCACAAAAAAACCCAAGACAGACGAAAGCCGCCCGGUUUAUGCCAAAGGCGGCCGGCCUUUGGUCCCCAAGCUUAUUUUCGCAUCCACAGCUGAAAAAUCUGAUCCGGAGCAAGAAAGGACGAAAGCCGCCCGGCUUUCGUGAACACCGGCCGACUUUUGGUCGCCGAAGGAAUUGUUCAGAAUUUAAUUACAAAAGCCGCCCGGCUUUUGUAAAUGGCGGCCGGUUUUCGACCCCUGGAGCGGAGGAGCAGCAUUUUAAACGCGCAAAAGCCGCCCGGCUUUUGCGAAAGUCGCCCGCCUUUCGUCUGGAAUUGAUUAAAACAAGCAACGGUCAUCACAAUCAUUCGAGAGAAGCUCCAAAUCCAAUUAAGGAGCUUGCUUCAUUGUCUAAAAAUGGCCGUUGAAGACCAAAUAUUUAAGUACAUGGAAGCCCUCUCAAGUGAUUAUUCCAUAUUCCAUACACUUUACUUCCAUUUUAGCACUCCAAGAUCAACCCCUUGGUCUUGGGAGAAGUUCUACACUUGGGGAUCCCAUUAUCCACCAUAGCUUUGGAGUUGUGGUAUUAUCUUCUUAUGUAUUUCAUUGUAUUUCAUCAAUUCAAUACUUGUAAUUUCAUUAUGAGUUGCUCUAGCUAAUUUUCCAUAGCCAAGGUUAGGGAUGAAACUUUACGCACUCUAGGUGUUUGAUGUAUGUUCUCAACCAAAUUAUUAUGAUCUUUCCUUUAUAUUUUAAUGUGUAUGACUACGGUGUACAACGUAUGAUUAUAUCGUUGGAUUUAUUUGAGCAAUUAACGUUGAGUUAUAAACCGUGCACUUAAAGGCUAGACAUAUUCUAAUUGUGGAUAGAAAUAUACCUCAAUUGAAUAUGGUGGUUGUAAUAAUGUCCUAAUCUUCAAUGGGGUUAAUUUUAGAUGAAUGUGAACCGUGACGGGAUUCACACGUAGAAUUAAUCACAAUCUCGCUGCCGUAACAGGAGUUAGAAUACUUUAGCGACAUUCCACUCAUAAGAAUUGGUGAAAGAAUAUACAUUAAUCGCUAAGAGUCGUUUAGGAGUAAUCCCGAACCCUUGGUUGCUUUUAUUAUCACUUGAAAAACCAAAAAUCUUUACUCUUUUACCAAGUCUUUUACAAAUUAUUUUCUCAAUUUUUGAAUCAUAUAAACAACGUUUCCUCGUGUUCGACUCGGUAUUUUUACCGGAUUUUAUUACUACAUCGGCACUUGUACACUUGCAAGUUUAAGCCGAUCAAGUUUUUGGCGCCGUUGCCGGGGAAGCGGUUUUGUUUUAUACGGUUCAACAAAAUUCCUGAAUUUUCCCUUUACAUUUCACUUGGUUUUGUUUUGAAUUUUGUUGUGUAGACAAGCUCUUAGUGCAUGCUAUUGAGAAGUCAAGGCUCUACAAACCUUGAACCUAUCAAUCUUGAGAUUGAGAGAGCUUGUAGAAGGAAUCGGAAGAAGGAAGCAAGAGUACCAACAAUGCUUCCCACACUCAAUGAACGGAAGAGGCCCGUUAUUGCCACCACUCCUUCUUGCAUCGUUCUUAGCGAGGCGGCACGGGACUAUGAAUUGCGGAAUAGCUACUUCAAUGCUAUGCCGCACUUCUAUGGACAACCGGGAGAGAAUCCAUUAAAUUUCAUUACCGAAUUUUAUGGGUUCAUUCAAGGUGUGCCUAGGAAUGGGCUAAGUGAAGGAGACCUUAGGCUCAAAUGCUUUCCUUACACCUUGAAGGGAGCGGCAAGAGGGUGGUUUCUAGAGCAAACACCGGCAUCCUAUGCUACUUGGGAUGAAAUAUACAAUGUUUUCAUCUCCAAGUACUACACUCCCACAAUGACGCAAGAGCUACGACAACGAAUCUUCAACUUCAAACAACAAGUUGGAGAACUUUUUCAAGACGCAUGGAGGCGUUUCAAGUCUUUGUUGAAGGAAUGCCCUCAUCACCGCAUCCCUCUUGACCUUCAAAUAGACACUUUUUACAAUGGCUUGAACCCAUCUUGUCAAGCUAUUGUAGACAAUCGAGCGGAGGGGUACAUCGGAAACAAAACGGAGACGGAAGCUUUGAGGAUUCUUGAGUCCAUUGCUUCAAAUCCUCAACUACAAGGAGGAGACAUCAAGGUGGCGGGAGUGAAUGAAAUCUCUAUCACUCAUGAACUUGACAAGAGGUUUAAAGAGUUUCAAACCAAAAUGCAACAAAAUCUACAAGCAUCAAUUCACACAGCUUUACAAGCCGUUAUUGGAGGGGCUCAACAAGUGGCAAAUGUGGAGAGUGUCUCCAAUGUGGAAGGUAACUCAUCUCAACAUCUUGAGGAUGUUAGUUACAUGAACUCUUAUGGGCAACGAGGAAACCAAGGAGGAAAUAACUUCUCCAACAAUCAACAAAGGUAUAAUCAAGAAAACAAUUAUAGACCGCAAGGUAAUCCUUCAAGCCAUCAACCCGGAGUUCCUACAUUUGGCCAAUCCAAAGAACCUACCAUGGAGGAGAUGAUGAAGCUUCUCACAAAAAAUGUUGCUAGCAUCAAAACUCAAAAUGAAGAAAAUCAUAGUAGAAUGGAGGCAUCCAUUGGGAAUCUCCACAAUCAAUUCACUAAACUUGACAUGCGUUUUGAAGAUCAAAACCGGAAGCUAAAUCAACGCAUGGACAAUAUUGAACAAUAUACCAAGUCCUCUAUUCAUAACUUGGAGGUUCAAAUUGGCCAACUUGCUCAAGAAAGGACAACUAGGGAGCAUGGUAGAUUUCCUACUACAACGGAAGUCAACCCGAGGGAGAAUGUUAUGGCUAUCACUUUGAGAAGUGGUAAACAAAUGGAAGGGCCAACAAUUGAAGAAGAGCCCAUUGAAAAACAAAGCGAAGAAGAGCAUAUUUCACCACCAUCCAUGACGGCUUAUGUUCCACCAAUUCCUUACCCACAAAGGAUGAAGAAGAAAGAUGAUGGAAAGCAAUACAAAAAGUUCCUAGACAUCUUCACCAAAUUGAGCAUCAACAUCCCCUUUGCCGAGGCCAUUGCCGAAAUUCCUUCUUAUGCAAAAUUUUUGAAGAAUAUUCUUAGCAACAAAAAGAAGUUGGCGGAUUUUGCUACCGUAGCACUCACGGAGGAAUGUAGUGCUAUUCUUCAAAACAAAUUACCUCAAAAAUUGAAGGAUCCCGGGAGCUUUACCGUUCCUUGUUCUAUUGGAAGCUUAGGGGAGGUAAAAUCCCUUUGUGAUCUUGGAGCUAGCAUUAACCUUAUGCCACAUUCUCUAUUCAAGAAACUUGGUGUGGGGGAACUUCAACCUACAACUAUAGCUCUCCAAUUGGCGGAUAGAACCAUCCGUUAUCCUAUUGGGGUAAUGGAAGAUGUUCUUGUGAAGGUUGGAAAAUUUUAUUUUCCGGUGGAUUUUCUCAUUCUAGAGAUGGAGGAAAUGGAAAUUCCGGUGAUUCUUGGAAGAUCUUUCUUGGCCACGGCGGCCGCUCUUGUUGAUGUGAAGAAUGGAAUUGUGAAAUUCCGUGUUGGGGAGGAGGAGCAAGAAUUCCAUGUUUGGGAUUCCUUGAAGAAACACCAUGAUGAUUCUACAUGUUUUAGUAUCAAUAUUUUUGAUACUUUGACACAAGAAGUUUUUGAGAGGGAAAUACAUGAAGAUCCUCUUGAGGCAUGCAUGAUGCUAGGAUGCACCGAAGAUGAAGAAAUUCCUGCACUUUUUGAAGAAGUGAUGUACCUUCAAGCCGGAGGCUCUUACACCAAAUUCCGUCCUAAGUUUGAAGAACUUGGUGCAAGGAAGUCUAGCCAAAAAUCUUCAUGUGAAGUUGCUUCAAGGCCUACUCUAAAACCUCUUCCGGGUCAUCUCAAGUAUGCAUUUCUUGGAGAUGAUUCUACAUAUCCGGUGGUAAUUUCUUCUACACUCACCUCUUUGCAAGAAGAAAAAUUAUUGAGAAUUCUAAGGGCUCACAAGUCCUCUAUUGCUUGGUCCUUGGCGGAUAUUAAGGGUAUUAGCCCUUCUCUUUGCAUGCACCGGAUUCUCAUGGAGGAGAAUCACAAACCUACAAUUGAACAUCAAAGGAGAUUGAAUCCCAACAUGAAGGAGGUAGUCAAGGAGGAAGUUCUCAAACUCCUUGAUUAUGGCAUUAUUUAUCCCAUUUCGGAUAGCAAUUUCGUUAGCCCCGUUCAAGUGGUGCCCAAGAAAGGAGGAAUUACCGUUGUGGCUAAUAGUAAGAAUGAAUUAAUUCCUACUAGGAUGGUCACCGGUUGGAGGAUGUGUAUUGAUUACCGGAAAUUGAACACCGGCACUAGGAAGGAUCAUUUUCCUCUCCCAUUCAUGGACGAAAUGCUUGAACGUGUUGCGGGUCAUGAAUUUUAUUGUUUCUUGGAUGGAUUUUCCGGCUAUUUUCAAAUAGCUAUCUCACCCGAAGAUCAAGAGAAGACCACAUUCACUUGUCCUUUCGGCACUUUCGCUUAUAGAAGAAUGCCGUUUGGUCUUUGCAAUGCCCCGGGGACCUUUCAAAGAUGUGUCAUGGCCAUUUUUUCCGACAUGGUAGGAGGUUUUAUGGAAGUCUUCAUGGACGACUUUUCUGUUUUUGGAGACUCUUUUGAUGCUUGUCUUCUUCAUCUUGAGAAGGUUUUGAUAAGAUGCAAGGAAACACACUUGGCUCUCAAUUGGGAGAAGUGUCAUUUUAUGGUGACCGAAGGCAUAGUCUUGGGACACAAAAUUUCCUCCCAAGGCAUUCAAGUUGAUCAAGCCAAAGUGGAAGUUAUUGAGAAGUUACCUCCACCUCAUUCGGUGAAAGCCAUCCGGAGCUUCUUGGGACAUGCCGGUUUCUACCGGCGAUUUAUCAAUGAUUUUACAAAAAUUGCAAAGCCACUUUGUGAUUUACUUGCCAAAGAUGCUCACUUUGAUUUCACUCCACAAUGUCUCCAAGCUUUCAACACUCUCAAGAAGGCUCUCACUACGGCCCCAAUCAUUAUCUCACCGGAUUGGUCACUACCUUUUGAACUCAUGUGUGAUGCUAGUGAUCAUGCAAUUGGUGUUGUUCUUGGGCAAAGGAAGGAGAAGAAGCUCCAUGCCAUCUAUUACGCUUCUAGACUACUCCAUGAUGCGGAGUUAAAUUAUGCCACUACCGAAAAGGAGUUCUUAGCCGUUAUUUAUGCUUUUGAUAAAUUUCGGUCAUACCUCAUUGGACAAAAGGUGAUUGUCUAUACCGAUCAUUCCGCUAUCCGGUAUCUCAUGAGCAAGAAGGAUGCAAAACCAAGAUUAAUUCGUUGGGUAUUAUUACUACAAGAAUUUGAUCUUGAAAUUCGGGAUAAAAAGGGGAGCGAAAAUCUUGUUGCAGAUCACCUUUCCCGUCUCGAAGCUAACACCACAUCCCACAAGGAAGUUAUUCAUGAUGAUUUUCCUUAUGAACAAAUCAUGGUGGUUAGUGGAGUACCAUUACCUUGGUUCUCGGAUUUUGUGAACUAUCUUGCCAAGGAAAUUCUUCCUCAAGAAUUCACAUUUCAUCAAAGAAAGAAAUUCUUGAAUGAUGUCAAACAUUAUUAUUGGGAUGAACCUUACCUCUUCAAGCAUUGUGCGGAUGGUAUCAUACGAAGGUGUGUGCCCAAUGAGGAAAUGCUACCCAUCCUUGAGCAUUGUCAUAAUCUCCCUUGUGGAGGUCAUCAUGGUCCCGAUCGGACCGCCGCCAAGGUACUUCAAUGUGGAUUUUUCUGGCCUACUUUAUUCAAGGAUGCUAGGAGCUAUGUUCAAGCUUGUGAUCGUUGUCAACGAACCGGUAAUUUGAGCCGGAGGAAUGAAAUGCCACAAAAUAUGAUGCUUGUGGUCGAAAUCUUUGAUGUUUGGGGGAUUGAUUUUAUGGGACCUUUUCCCAAAUCCCAUGGCAAGGAGUAUAUACUUGUAGCGGUUGACUACGUCUCCAAGUGGGUGGAAGCAAUAGCCUUGCCGGAUAAUACCGCCAAGUCGGUGGUAGAUUUUGUGAAGAAGAAUAUAUUUUCAAGGUUUGGUGUCCCGAGAACCAUUAUUAGUGAUAACGGUACGCAUUUCAAGAAUGCUCACUUCACCGGUCUUCUAAAGAAGUAUGUGUGCCUUUUCAAAAGUGGAGCUACUUACCAUCCUCAAACAAAUGGUCAAGUAGAGGUCUCUAACAGGGAAAUCAAAUCUAUCCUUGAGAAGACGGUCAACUCUUCUCGGAAGGAUUGGUCUUUGAAGCUUGAUGACGCCUUAUGGGCAUAUCGAACGGCAUUCAAAACGCCUCUUGGUAUGUCUCCUUAUAGGCUUGUUUUUGGGAAGCCUUGUCACCUUCCGGUGGAGCUAGAGUACAAAUCUCGUAGGGCAAUUUCUCAACUCAACUAUGAUCCAACACUUGCAAAGGAAAGAAGGCUAUUACAUCUUGACGAGCUAGAUGAACUACGGAGGGAGGCUUAUGAGAAUUCCCGCAUUUACAAGGAGAAAGCCAAGGCGUAGCAUGACAAGAACAUUUGUCGAAGGGAAUUCCAAGUUGGGCAGAAGGUGCUCCUUUUCAACUCAAGACUCCGGUUGUUUCCCGGAAAAUUGAAGUCCCGGUGGUCGGGACCUUUCACCAUCACCGAAGUCCGACCAUAUGGAACUAUGAUGAUCAAACAAGGUGACAAUGAACCUUUUGUUGUCAAUGGUCACUGCUUGAAGCACUACAUGGAACACCACAACACCUCUGCCACCAUCUCUUGCCCCUUGAAGGAUUGAUCACGAAGACGUCCGGCCAAUGACGUUAAAGAAGGCGCUUGUUGGGAGCCAACCCAAUUUCAUAUCCUUUUUAUUUACAUGUUUGUCUUUCAUUAUGCUUUUAUACUCUUAUUGCUUGUGGACGAUGCAAUUCAAGUGUAGGGGGAGAAGCAAAGCAAAGAAAUGUGAAGUUUCAAGGCAAAUUUUGAACAAAGUGGGCGGAAUUAGCAAAGGCAUCGAAACCCGCCCGGCUUUCGCGAAAGCCGCCCGGCAUUCGGUCGCCGUAGGUUAAUUCCAUUUAUUCAGAUCGAAAACUGCCCGGUUUUCCCGAAACCCGCCCGACUUUCAGGUCUGCUUCCCAGGUAUUUUUCUCGCACACGAAACCCGCCCGGUUUUCGGGAUUGUCGCCCGGCUUUUGGGCGCCGAAGGUAAUUCCAGAUUAUUUAAAUCGAAAGUCGCCCGACGUUCGUGUAAGCCGCCCGGCUUACGGGUUCUGGGAACAAUCUGUUUAACCGAAAGCCGCCCGGCUUUAGCAUAUGUCGCCCGGCUUUCGGGGACGAGUGUUUUAUUACCUGUUCUGUUUAAACACAAACACACGCACACAACGCCCAAAAGACGCCCGGCGAACGAGAGAGCUCGAACGACAACCCCCAUUCUUCACGUUUCUUCUCCUCUUUCAAGCUCAAAACAGGUAUUUCUCCAUCUCCUUCGCUUCUUAAACUCAAUUUCAUAGCUUUUUUUCUUCAUUUAAUCGAUAGAAUUGGUUGUUCUUCCCAAAUUUCGAAUUUUAGGGUUUAUGCAAAUUGAUAGCUUUUAGGCCUAAUUCAUUGCAUGAUAUCUUGUUAUUGUUGCCUAUAUUGCUUGUAUGAACCAUUUCAACCUCUUUUCAAGUAGUUAUUUUCAACAAUUUGAAUUUUUUGCUAUUUGGUCAAAAUUGGGGGCUUAGGGUUCGAAAUUCUUGUUCAAAUUUGGAGAUUUUCAAUUGAAUUCUUGUGAUUAAUUGUUGUUGAGUAAAGUUGUGAUUAUGUUGUCAUGUUAAAUUGUGAUUAAAGUCAAUUUUUAGGGGAAACUUUGUCAAAUUUUUAAGAAAAUUGACUAGAAUUGUUUGAGUUUGUAGGUUCAAAUGGCUCCAAAGGGGAAGUCCGUUAGCACCGAGGCUGGCCCGAGCAAUCCCAAGCGGGCAAGGAACAACAAGGCACCCGCGGCCUCCUCCACCAUCUUGCCUUCUAGCCGGUUUGUCAACACCAAGUGCUAUGAACGGUACUUGGAAUCUAGGGACAACGAUUUCGUUGUUGAGAAGACGGUGUCACAACCUAUUGACCACGAGUACUGGCUCACCGAGGCCUUCGCUAAUAUCGAUUGGGAGCCGGUGCUACAUCUUGACGGCACCUUCUACCCGGAGCUCGUCAAGGAAUUUUUCGCAAAUAUUGAGGGAAAUGGCCCCCAAAAGAUGAUUGAGAGCCGGGUCAAAGGGGUAAAAAUCACUAUCACAAAUGACCUAUUGAGAUCUCAGUUUCACAUCACCAACCACGGCAUUCCUUUCGCCCCUUCCCAAGCCGGAGCAAUGAAUAGCGACGUUAGCUACAACCCCUUGGAUGCGAUGCAAUAUUUCGGCUUGCAAGGACACGAGCUUAUGACCAAGAACCUUGGUCAACCACACAUCCGGGCCCGGCUUUUGAUGUACCUCUACUCAUUCAACGUCAUGCCGAGAGCAAGUGGUUACAACAAAAUUCGAAACGCCGACCUCUACUUCGCGUAUAGGAUGCUUGCCGGGCUUGGACGUUGUGAGGGGAUUCCUCUAUCAAGCAUCAUCAUCAAACAAUUGUGGAGCGCGGCUUUGAGCAACAACCAAGAUAAGGCCUUCAUUUUCCCUAUUUUACUAUCUAACAUUUUUGAGCAUUUUGGUGUUAGCUUUAGAGGGGAAGAAGAACGCGACACACACGCCGUGCUUGAUGAUAGUGUCAUGAUACACCUUCGCUAUUUCCAACCGCCGCACGGAGGACCAUGGAGGUGCGUGGAGAGAUUCCAUAGAGUCGUGCCCGAAGAAAAUGAGGAUGAGAUGAUGGAAGGUGGAGAGCCCGAAGGAGGUCAUGCGGAGCAUCACGAAGAGGCACCUCACGUACCUCAAGCCGGAACUCAUUACGACAUGGACUAUUUGACCGAACAAUUUGGUCAAAUUCAUACGGAGCUUGCGGUUCAUCGACGGGAUUUGCGGGACCAAAGGCGGGCUAUUGAAGGCAUGGGGAGUCAUCUUUGGAACAUGAACUACUAUUGCCAAGAGUUAGGGCGGCAUUUCAGCAUUCCACCACCGCCACCUUAUGACCCGCACUUUUAUUUCCCUCCCCAAGGAGAUGGAAAUGAAGGAGAUGAGUAGGUUAUGACAAGGGAAGUGUACUAAAAAUACUAAACUUGAACCACCUUUUCUUUGUCUCUCUUUAAACUCCUUGUGCUACUUUUGUGCCUAUUAUGUGUUGUUUGAUUGCUUAUUUUCUUGCUUUGCAGUUAAUUACUCUUGUGCUUCACAUUGGGACAAUGUGGAAUAAGUGUGGGGGGGUGACUUUAUACUUGAAAAAAAUGUGCAAGGUUUUUAUUUGAAAAAAAUUGUUCAUUUUUGGUCCAUAUUUUUUUGAAAAAUAUUUUAGCAAAACCCUUGUCCUUCAAACCCUUUUUCAAAAGAAACUUUUCUUAAAGUUUUGCCUUAAUAUUUUCAUAAAAAGUUUUGAAAUUUGCUUGAGGACAAGCAAAGCUCAAGUGUGGGGGUAUUUGAUAAGCGUUUUAUUAACGUAUUUUAUAUAUUCAUCUUAAAACGCUUUUAUGUUUAAAAAGAAUAAAAUCUUCACACAUAUGCCUCGUUUUGCUAGAAGUUCUUUAAAUCAACAAAUGGAUCAAAUGCAAGGAUGGUAGAAUACGCACGAAGAAACCGACGGAAAAAGGUCAACCAAACGCAUCCCGAGGAACAAAUAAAGACCACAAAAAAACCCAAGACAGACGAAAGCCGCCCGGUUUAUGCCAAAGGCGGCCGGCCUUUGGUCCCCAAGCUUAUUUUCGCAUCCACAGCUGAAAAAUCUGAUCCGGAGCAAGAAAGGACGAAAGCCGCCCGGCUUUCGUGAACACUGGCCGACUUUUGGUCGCCGAAGGAAUUGUUCAGAAUUUAAUUACAAAAGCCGCCCGGCUUUUGUAAAUGGCGGCCGGUUUUCGACCCCUGGAGCGGAGGAGCAGCAUUUUAAACGCGCAAAAGCCGCCCGGCUUUUGCGAAAGUCGCCCGCCUUUCGUCUGGAAUUGAUUAAAACAAGCAACGGUCAUCACAAUCAUUCGAGAGAAGCUCCAAAUCCAAUUAAGGAGCUUGCUUCCUUGUCUAAAAAUGACCGUUGAAGACCAAAUAUUUAAGCACAUGGAAGCCCUCUCAAGUGAUUAUUCCAUAUUCCAUACACUUUACUUCCAUUUUAGCACUCCAAGAUCAACCCCUUGGUCUUGGGAGAAGUUCUACACUUGGGGAUCCCAUUAUCCACCAUAGCUUUGGAGUUGUGGUAUUAUCUUCUUAUGUAUUUCAUCAAUUCAAUACUUGUAAUUUCAUUAUGAGUUGCUCUAGCUAAUUUUCCAUAGCCAAGGUUAGGGAUGAAACUUUACGCACUCUAGGUGUUUGAUGUAUGUUCUCAACCAAAUUAUUAUGAUCUUUCCUUUAUAUUUUAAUGUGUAUGACUACGGUGUAC